AUGCUGUUCUCCAAGCCUCUUGCUCUUUGCGUCUCUGCAUUGGCAUUCAUCACUCAGGUCAACGCAGCUCCCGCUGACGCAUUCGAGAUGAUUGUCAAUGGCGGUGAUGUCGAGAAGCGCGACGAACCUCCUCUCAAAUUCAACAUCGACCCUGACAUUACCACCAGCACCGACUGCGGUCGUCACUGGGACGCGAAUAUCAAUGUCAAGUCGUCCCCCAACUUGAUCUUCACCAGUGGCGCCUGUGACAGUAUCCGCAACUUCAUCGGUGGCAACGACGGCGACAAAGAUGUCGAGGUCAACUUCCCUUGCCCUGGCAAAGCACCUGACAGCUUCGGGAAUCUCGACACCAAAUUCCUCGUCCACAUUGAUUAUUCUGUCCCUGUCGAUAUGAACAUCAAAGGCGAACAGAAGAUCCCAGCCCAGCUUGAGGUUGUCGAUUCCAAGAAGGGUUUCUGGAAGCAGGCCGACGUCCAGUUGGGUGGCAUUGCCAACAAGGACAAGAAUACCAUCAAGUACCAGUUCAUCUACUGCAAAUGA